AUGCUCAGUAUACCUUUCCGCUGGAGCCCGGCUUCAUUACGAGGAGUUGACGUCACAACUGAGGCGGAUGCCUCCAAACAACCUUCUGAUGUCGGUGUCAAGACGGAUGUGAUGGGGUUGGAUGCUGUGCUGCUCACCGUUCCCGCGAAUCUUGCUAUUCUCCAAUCUGGCUAUGCACUCGCAGCGUCUGACGUCGAGUUCCGCAGCUCGUAUCAAUUAUUCGUGACAUUGGGGAUCUUUGUCGCAUACUGCAUCAAUUUCGGCACUGAAUCAAUGGCCAACUCCGGCUCGUGGCGUAUCACUCUUGGAAUCACAUUUCUCUGGGGCUUAAUACUAGGGAUAGGGAUCAUGUUCUUCCCGGAGAGCCCGCGCUAUGAUUAUCGCCAUGGCCGCAUCGACCGAGCGAAAAGAACCAUGUCAAAGCUCUACGGGGUGCCCCAAAAUCAUCGUGUGAUUUUGGAGGAGCUCAGCGAAGUCAAGGAUCAGCUCGAGGCAGAAAGUGCGUCUAAAGGGGGAUGGCAUGGCUGGAUCGAGAUGUUUCAAGGACCUCGUAUGCCGUACCGGAUCUUCCUUGGUAUCGUGCUACAAGCUUUACAGCAGCUGACCGGUGCUAAUUACUUCUUCUACUACGGCACUGUUGUGUUCAAUGGAGCCGGUAUUAAAAACACCUAUGCCACGCAGAUGAUCCUUGGCGGUGUCAAUUUCGGCACGACAUUUGGAGGUCUGUAUGUCAUCGAGCACUUUGGGCGCCGCAAGUCACUCAUCACCGGGGGCAUGUGGAUGUUCGUCUGCUUUAUGGUCUUUGCCUCUGUCGGACAUUUCUCCUUAAACGUCCACAAUCCUCCUCAGACGCCUGGUGCCGGGAAAGCAAUGGGGUUCGCCAUGACAUGGGGCCCUAUGGUGUGGGCGAUAGUCGCUGAGCUCUAUCCAUCGCGGUAUCGCGCGAGGGCUAUGGCAUUGGCCACGGCUUCGAACUGGCUUUGGAAUUUCCUCAUUGGCUUCUUCACUCCGUUCAUUACCGGUGAUAUUGACUUUGCGUACGGUUACGUCUUCGCGGGAUGCCUGUUUGCUGGGGUCCUGAUCGUCUACUUCUGCGUGUUGGAGGGCAAGGGCAAAACUCUGGAGGAGAUGGACAUGAUGUAUGUUAUGCGUGUUCCCCCAUGGAAAAGCAGCAAAUGGGUACCUCCACCUGCGGAGCACCGCAUUACCACGGGGCAUGUUCUGGACCGGAGGACAGCAGAGGGUAUUAGCCGGGCCGAAGGUUCGGGCAAACGAGACGCUGAUAAUGGCUGGGGGCACCACCAGCAUAUCGAUGAUAAUGCUGCUGGCCCAUCGUCAGCUUGA